AUGAGCGCGCCGCCCCCAAGUGGUGAGGCGGAGAAGAACAUUGAGAUAUGGAAGGUGAAGAAGCUGAUCAAGCGCCUGGAGGCGGCUCGUGGAAAUGGAACGUCCAUGAUUUCGUUGAUUAUUCCUCCAAAGGAUCAAAUAUCGAGAGCGGCGAAGAUGUUGGCUGAAGAAUUCGGAACGGCUUCCAACAUUAAAUCCCGAGUCAACCGUCUAUCCGUCCUCUCCGCGAUUACGUCCACUCAGCAGCGUCUGAAGCUCUAUACCAGGGUUCCACCAAAUGGCCUUGUCGUCUACUGUGGUGAAAUCAUCACCUCAGAGGGAAAAGAACGUAAAAUCAAUAUUGAUUUUGAGCCUUUCAAGCCUAUCAACACCUCCCUCUAUCUCUGUGACAACAAGUUCCAUACCGAAGCGCUAAGUGAGCUCCUCGAGUCUGACCAAAAGUUCGGGUUCAUCAUCAUGGACGGAAACGGUGCAUUGUUCGGUACCUUGAGUGGAAACACCAGAGACGUCGUUCACAAGUUCAGUGUCGACUUGCCCAAGAAGCACGGUCGUGGUGGUCAGUCCGCUCUUCGUUUUGCUCGUCUUCGUGAGGAGAAGCGUCACAACUACGUCCGCAAGGUUGCAGAACUCGCAGUUCAGAACUUCAUUACCGCUGAUAAAGUCAACGUUGCUGGUUUGAUUCUUGCUGGUUCUGCCGAUUUCAAGAACGAUCUCAACCAGUCCGAUCUCUUCGACAACCGUCUCCAGUCCAAGGUCAUCAAAGUCGUCGACGUGUCGUACGGUGGUGAGAACGGAUUCAACCAAGCCAUUGAGCUCUCCUCCGAAACCCUUGGCAACGUCAAAUUCAUCCAGGAAAAGAAACUUAUCGGCAAGUACUUUGAGGAAAUCAGCCAGGAUAGCGGACGUGUUUGCUACGGUGUUGAAGAUACUUUGAAAGCGCUCGAACUUGGUGCCGCGGAGACCCUUAUUGUUUUUGAGAACCUGGACAUCACCCGUUGGGUGCUCAAGCCCUCCGUUGGAUCUGACAUUAUCCUCCACACCUCGAAAUUCCAAGAGUCUAACAGAGAGCAAUUCAUGGACAAGGAAACUGGACAAGAGAUGGAGAUCGUCGAACAAGGCUCACUGCUUGAAUGGCUUGCCGAGAACUACAAGGAUUUCGGCGCCACACUGGAAUUCGUUUCAGACAAGUCCGGUGAAGGUAACCAGUUCGUCAAGGGCUUUGGUGGUAUCGGAGCAAUGCUUCGUUACAAGGUCAAUUUCGAGCAAUUGGCAGACGUUGACGAAGAUGACGAUGAUGAGUUUUACGAUGAUCUGUGCCCCACAUUCCCUCGCCGGUUCGAAGCUUCUCAGGGGACCAUCCAAGCUUCGUAA